GCUUUCUAAAUUUCCCUUUCUCCAAUUCUUUUUUUCCAAACAAAGAAUUUCAUAUCACACAUUUUUUAUUCAUUUUCUGAAAGAGAUAUAAAUACUAAGAAACCGAACAAAAAACCAAAUAAACCCUCAAAUUUUCGCUGUAAAUUACAACUAUAUCCAGAACCCCAAAAGAACAAAAGGAAAAUCCAAACGAUUCAUGGCUGCCACGUUGUCCGUUGAUAACUUUCUAAGGGCACCCAAAGUAAUUAAUCCCAAACAGUAAGGGCAAAAUAGUGAUUUUGAGAGAUUAACACUGUGCGAACAAUGAUUUUGCAGGAAUGGCUUGCAGAGUUGGCAAUGUCCGGUCUCUCUUCUUCGGCUUCGCUCAUCAAAUAAACAAACUAACUCACACAUAACACACUCUUUUCCUUUCCUUUCUCUUUCGGUAGUUAAGCUGCUCCAAUCUCCUCACCUACUUUUUUUUUUUUAAAUUUUCUAUCUCCAAAAAAGAAAAUUCAUUUCUUCACUUAUUGCUUUCCUUCAUUUUCAUUUCAUUCAAUUUUUUCUGUUCCUUCUGAAAAAAUGCCUCUGGUGAGGUUCCAAGUGAGGAACGAGUACAGGUUAGGUCAAUCUGAGCUUUACAGAGAAGCUAACCGUGAAGAUCCUAAAGCUGUUCUUGAUGGUGUUGCUGUUGCUGGUCUCGUUGGGAUCUUACGCCAAUUAGGCGAUCUUGCCGAAUUUGCAGCAGAGGUUUUUCAUGGUCUACAGGAGCAAGUAACUACUACAGCUUCUAGAAGUCAUAAACUGAUGGUUCGUGUGCAAAAUAUUGAAGCUGCACUGCCUUCUCUAGAGAAGGCGGUGCUGGCUCAAACGAGUCACAUACACUUUGCCUAUACAGCUGGUUCUGAAUGGCAUUCUCGUAUUCAAAAUGGACAAAACCAUUUCAUCUAUAAUGACUUGCCUCGAUUUAUCAUGGACUCCUAUGAAGAAUGUAGUGAUCCUCCACGCCUACACUUACUUGACAAAUUUGAUACUGGUGGCCCAGGAUCUUGUUUGAAGAGAUAUUCAGAUCCAACCUUCUUUAGAAGAGCAUCAGGCAACUUCAAGGAACCAGAUGCUGAGAAAGUCCGAAAGGAAAAGAAAGUUCGGAAAACCAAGAAAAAGAGAUCAUCACAAAGGAAUGUGGACUUUCUGAGUUCUGCCUCAAUGCUAAAUCAGAGUGCAAGAAUGCCAUUUUCUAUUCCAACUGUUAAUGGGCGAACUUCUCCUUCUCAUACAGCCUCCACAACUGACAUGACAUUAAAAUCUGAUCUGGGUGAUCAUUCAAAUUCAUUUGAUUCAAGAACUGGGUCGGCGUAUGUUGAAUGUGUUUUCCAUUUGAGUUCCUCUGCACAACCUGAAGAACAGGAAUCUAAGGAAUUCUCUGCAAGGUUCUUGCAUCAUAAUAAUAUUGCUGAUUCAGUUAUCCCUAAUGAACAACCCAGCAUUGUAACCGAUAAUUCCCAUCAGAGUUCUUCACCUGAGCCAAUUGUGCAUAAUUCAUCUUCUGAUAUUUGGGAUGAAAAGGCAGAAAUAGUGGAGCCUGAGGAUUUACAGUCUGAUGAAAAUGAAGCUCCAGACAUGUUUAUAACAGAUUCUGAUCUAGGCAUUCGGAAUGAGAACGCUCUCAACCUCAGAAAUCCUUAUCAAUUGGAUUUGGCGUUUGAUAAUGAAGAUACCCUGAAAUCAAGCACUGAUGGGAAUGAGCUUGAUGAAAUUGAAAGUGAACCAGACAAUUUCAUGGAUGCCCUUAACACCAUCGAUUCAGAAUCUGAAAAUGACCUUGAUUGCCUAACAAGACAUGAAGUGGAGCAAUUUUCCUCUAUUGUUAACAAUCAAGGAAUACAAGAUGAUGUAGACAAGGUCACUGAACAUUUAUCUGAUGAUCCUUCUGGAAAUGAAUCUCAUAAUCCUUCUGAGCUUUCCUUGAAUAAAGGAACAACUUCUGACUUGGGCAACAAUGUUCAAUCAAAUAGCUUUUCCCAUGAGCAUACAUCUCAUAUUUCUGGAGAUCCUUCUAAUUCAGAUAAUUUACCUGGCAUGGAAAGUUUCACGGCUGCUGAUGCUCUUGAUAGUCUCAAUGUAGAAUCUUUUGUCAGUGCCAGUGAUCCUUCAUCCUCUGGCUGUGGUAUGUCAAGCAUGGCGGAACCAUUGAGCGACAAGGCUGUAAGCCACUCCUGCAAGUCUCAAGAACCUCAGGCUGAAUUGGCUACUGUUCAACCAGUCUCGUUCUGGACAAAUGGUGGUCUGUUAGGACUUGAGCCAUCAAAACCCCCUGAUUUUGCUGUUGCAAACACAUCAAAUAUGGAUUCUGAGACAAGAAUUAAUAGUGAGGUCAUUGGUCAUCCCAAUCACUUUUCUAUGCCAAGCAAUGAUGGUGAGAGAGGGAGGCCUGACAUUUUGGUUAAGGAUGACAGAAGCACAGAAAGGGAUCUGACUUCUGAACGCUCCAGUUCACAGCAUAAGGAUCAAGAUUCUGAAGUUGAAAAGACUGGUGACUUUCAUCCUGUUGAUAGAUUUAAUCAUGCUGAUGGCGAAAGGCAUAAUAUCACCAGUGUAGUUAAACCGGGAAACGAGUUGCCAAUUGAUGCGAAUAUCAAAGACACAUGUAUAGGGGAAAAUGAAAAAAACUCAUCGCAAAUGUUUGGACUUGGGCAUAGGUUACUUAUUAAUGGCUUUCGUAGAAAGAUUUCACUUGUCCCUGAUAGUCAAUGUGAGCAGGCUAGCUCACUGAGAACUAGUGCAUCGGACCAGAGGAAUGGACACCAUAGAAUUACACAUCAUGCAGCUGCAGAUAAAACACUCGAUGGGAAGUUUGGACAUAAAACGAAUGUAGGUUCACUUACUUCUUCACCGCCACUAGAACAUAUGAAAAUAUCUUUCCACCCCAUUGAUAGCUUUGAGGCUUCCAAACUAAAUUUGAAAUUUCCUGACGGGAACCACAAUAAUGGAAGCACUAGAGAUAUGUUCCCAGCAUUUCAGUUGGUCCCAGAGCCAACUAUUCCAUUGAAAGAUGCAGGUUCUGACUCUGAUGAUGAUACUUUCUGUAGAUCAUCUCCUUAUUUAUCAGAUGAUUGUCUUAGCCAUCACUCUGACUCAGAUUCGGAGAAAUGGGAAUCUGAUGAAUCUCCUGAAAACAAGGACCAUGAGCUAUAUGAUUCCUUGUGCAGAAUACCACCUGUUGAAUCUGUUUCAAGCUCUCUACAGCCUACAGAAAUGGGCAAUGAUGGCAUUCACAUGAACUCAGGACUUAAAAGUUUGUAUAGUGAGAAUGGUGCAGAUUCAUCUCUCUCUUCUUCUCUGCUAGAUCUUCCCAGCUUUGAUGCUAUGAACCCUGUAAUAUUGGGAAAAUCAAAAGAUAAUUUGGAACAAAGGAAUUACAUAGAAUCACAAUAUUCUGAGGACCCCAACCCAUCACCACCACCACCUCCUCCAGUGCAAUGGUGGGCUACAAAAGCCACCGCUUAUAUGGCACAAGACAAACAAAAGACAACUCCUGAAGUCCACAAACAUCCAGUUGAUUUAAAGCUUUCGGAAUUCCCAGUAUCUCAGCAACAUAAACCAGCCCCAGCUAAUGAGAAACAAACAGAUGAGGAGAUCACAGCAUUUAAACCAAAGGGCAAGGAGGAAUGCAACUUGAGCCCGCUGAAAGAAGCUAAUAUGCCUGAAAAAGGGAUGGAUGAAAAGGAAGAUUUUUUGCAUCAAAUCAGAAGAAAAUCAUUCACCCUAAGACGCACUGUGGCAGCUAAGCCUACCUUCGCAGCAGGUCCUGCUGCAAAUGACAAGGUCACUGCAAUUUUGGAGAAAGCAAUUGCGAUCCGUCAGGCUGUUGGGAGUGAUGACGGGGAAGAUGAUGAUACUUGGAGUGACGCUUGAUCUUUAUGAGACAUUGUGAGAAGUUCAUCAGCAGCGGAUCCUCUUGUAGUUUUGAGUUCAUGUAGUUGUGCAAGGCUGUAUAAUAUAUGUGAAUAAUCCCAGUUUCUGUGUAAUUAAUUUGUAGGUUCUUAUUGCAUCUUUAUGGCAAAUAUUUGCAUUAUUUUUAUCAAAUAGUCAAUGAUUAGCUAUCAGGCAUAUCAUGAUGUAAAAUUUUCAUACAUAAGAGGCGCAUAUUUACGAAUGGUGCCCUUUCCUUUCUUU